GAUCUUUUUAUAAUUAGCUAUGUCAGGACCAACAACGAUUAACAAGAGCGAGCCCAUUAACAAGAAAACUAGUGUUGUAAUUAAGGUGGGUAUGGUUGGUGACUCUCAGAUAGGAAAAACAAGUCUUAUGGUAAAAUAUGUCGAGGGAUCAUUUGAUGAGGAUUAUAUCCAGACACUUGGUGUAAAUUUUAUGGAAAAAACCAUUUCUAUUCGAAAUACAGAAAUUACAUUUUCUAUAUGGGACCUUGGGGGUCAAAGAGAAUUCGUUAAUAUGCUUCCAUUAGUUUGCAAUGAUGCAGUAGCUAUUUUAUUUAUGUUUGAUUUAACACGUAAGAGUACACUUAACAGUAUAAAAGAAUGGUAUCGCCAGGCAAGAGGAUUUAAUAAAACUGCUAUUCCAUUUCUUAUUGGAACUAAAUAUGACCAUUUUGCAAACUUUCCUAGGGAAGAUCAAGAAGAAAUAACUAAACAGGCUAGACGUUUUUCUCAAGCCAUGAAAGCAUCACUCAUCUUUUGUUCAACAUCACAUUCUAUUAAUGUGCAAAAGAUUUUUAAGAUUGUACUCUCAAAGGCAUUUGAUUUGAAAUGUACUAUACCAGAAAUAAUUAAUAUUGGUGAACCAAUAUUGGAAUUUACCAAUGUUUAG